AUGAAGCACAUUUUAUUACUAUUAAUGUACUGUCAAUGAAAUUAUUUGAAUAUAUAUGUUUGUCUUUGAGAGUAUAUAAAAUGGGAAAACUUGAUGCUUCCUUUGCUGUUUGUUCAAGUACCCAGUUGGUGAAUUUGCUCCUUUUUCUUGUGUAACUUAAGCAAGCAUAUGAUGCUGUUGACAGCAAUCAUAGAAGCCCAGUAUAAAAAUGUACUGCUUCUCUAACUCUGCCCACAUCCUGUUUGUUUAUAUGUCAAAGUGGAAUUCCUGCUUUUCCCUACUCAAUUUUAGCUGCAUCAUUUGAGAAUAUCACAAAAGGGUCCUUGCAAUUUAGCUUUUUCUUGGAUUCUUGUAGGGCUCUUCCCUUCCUCUGGGUCAAAUCUACAACACAUUGUUAAUUAAGAUUUGCACAAUUUAUGUAGAUUCAGUUUAUUUGUUUUGUGAAUUCUUGUAUGAAAAAAGAGGGGAAAGUGAAUCUGCUUUUUCCCUAAUAGUUUGUGAGCUAUUAAUUAGCCAAUGCCCAGUGUCUUCCUUUAGCCUCUGAAAGAUUCAUUCUUUUUCAGCUUGGAGUAGUUCUUGAUCUCAAAAGAGGAGUGAGAGAGAGAGAGAGAAAAUGGUGAAGUGCUGAUAUUCUGCCUGCUAAUUUGAUUUCAACUUUUUUUUUCACCUUUCUGUAUAUUGGAUGCUGCAAUUAGGUAUUGCUUUUGCUUUCUUUAACUUAACUCUUAGUGCUGUAAAGCUGCAAAGUUCAUUUGUGCCUUGUUGAGUCUUGCAAGACAUUUACCACACAUUCUUGGUUAAAACCCCAUUUUCACAUUGCUCUUGAAUUUGGGGGUGUUCUACAUUCUGGGCUUCUCUCUAAUUUAUUGUUUGAUUGAUUAUUAUGGGGUCUGAGGGGAGUGGGGGUAGGGUGUUUCAACACAGGGGUGGUGGUGGAAUAGGGGGCACAAAUUCAGCUUCUGACAAAGUUUCAGGAGUGACAAUGUGCUCAGAAUCCAUGUUCUAUGGCUCUAAUUGGGAUCCAAUUGUGUCACUGAGUCAAAGUGGGAAUUUUGGGAACUCCAACAUUGUGUCUCAGAGUGAGUUUGCUAAUCCAGUCAUGUUGGAGAAUCAGGCAAUGGGUAGCUCUUUGGCUCAGUUCCACUCUGAUUCUGGUUUUGUUGAUUUGGUGCCAAGAAUCCCCAAUUUUGGGAGUGGCAGCAGCUUCUCUGAGAUGGUCACUUCCUUUGGCCACAACCCCGAUUCUUCGCCUAAUCUUCAGAAAGGGGCUACGCAAGAUCAUUGCCCAAAUUCGGAUGGUGGGAUGUUGGGAGCUUCACCUUAUGGGAAGAGGAAAAGGGAGGUGCAGCAAGGAGCUUCACCAAAGAGUGGCGAAGAAGAACAGCGCAAGGAUCCCUCUGGGGAUACAUCUAGAGAAGACGACGAAAGGAAACAGAAAUCGGAGAAAGGUGUUGCUCGUGGGAAGCAAGCCAAGGAUGAUCGGAGCGGUGUAGAGCCAUCUAAAGAUGAUUACAUUCAUGUUAGAGCCAAAAGGGGCCAGGCAACAAACAGUCACAGCCUUGCAGAAAGGGUGAGAAGAGAGAGGAUUAGUGAGAGAAUGAGGUUGCUUCAGGAACUGGUUCCUGGCUGCAAUAAGAUCACUGGAAAAGCGAUGAUGCUUGAUGAGAUUAUCAACUAUGUGCAAUCACUCCAACAACAGGUUGAGUUCCUAUCGAUGAAGCUUGCAACCGUAAAUCCAGAGCUCAACAUGGAUAUAGACAGGCUUUUGUCCAAAGACAUUCUUCACUUGCGUGGUGGUAAUACCACCCAACUCGGAGUUCCUCCAGGGCUGAGUUCGUCCCUCCCUUUCCCUCAGUACCCCCAAGGAGCCUUCAGCAGUGCUCCGGGCACUGGCUCACCAUUUCAUUCGUUACCCCAGCAUGCGUGGAACACUGAGCUCCAAGGUCUUCUCCAAAUGGGGUAUGAUCCCGAUCCCUCCGGCAGCAUGGGGCGGAAUGGGUCGUCAAAAAUGGAGCUGUAGAUCUUCGUCUAACCGUACAUUCGAGAAUUCGUCUGAGAGUGAGGAUUUGGAAUUGAAAGCUAUAAAAAUGCUGAAGGUUUAAUUUUUUUUUUAAUUUUGGUUUUGUUUCAGUGUUGUAUAGGUUCUAAGCCUCCACCUAACUCGUGGUUCUUCGAAUUUUAACAGAAGAAAAUUGACUUUUUUAGAUAUACAAAACCAUGUAUAUGCAGAGUUGGAAUUCAAUUGCUGAAGAUGAUGCUUUUUGUU